UUCUUGUGUUUUCAUCCAACGACCUCUAACACUGACGAAGGCCGCCACAAACCUUGUUUAUUUGAGUGCUUAUUGGACAUUCUUCAUAUAAGCGCACACAACGAUUCUCCCACCCCUCCAUGUCCCACGCCUACAACCUCUUCCUCAUGUUGCGCUGUUCAAGGUCGACGUCGAGAAUCGCUAUAAGAUUUUGCGCCUCCCACCUUCUGCACUCCCAUGUGCACAUCCCUUCCAAACCACCUUCGCUCGCACCGACACUCCGUUACCAUUACCCCUCUAUCACUAUGCUUGUAGGUUCGAACUCGCCUGGCCCCGAGUCGGCAAGUACGCAUACCACCUCGACUCUCGCGUUACCAUCCAAGCCCCCUCUGGUUUUAGACCCUAUGCCCAGCUUUCCUCUCCCUUCACGGACAAAAGCUUGUGACGCAUCACCCGCUGAAGACAGCUUCCAGCCGUCCCCUCCCAUUUCCUCGGGCUCGCCGAGUGUCUCUGUGCCUUCCACGCCCUCAUCAAAUGUCCUCCUUGCUUCGCUUCUCAGUGACGCUUCCGCAGGAAGGGGCACUUCCUUUGAAGGCUCCCUACAGUGUGGCACUGUACAUGUCUCUCCCGGUGACAAACCGUUGUCCGCCUUCGCUCGGGCAACCCCUGUGCGCGUGUUUAUGCACCAUAGGCCACCAAUCUCAGGUGUGCCCGCGAGCUCACCCCUUCACGAGAAUACCCAUCUCGACGAGCAGAUUCACGAAGCAACGGUUGAUGCUCUUGCGAUGAUGGACCUUGAAGAGCAUGCCGCGCUCGUCGCGUCUGAUGCGGUCGCACAGGGCACGUGGCUGGAGACCACGCUCCGCCGGGCCAAACUGGACUUCACAGCCUCACCCAUCAAACUGCCCAAGGCGUCCAAGGCUCAGGAGUACACGAUUCCUGGGAGCACGCAGCCUCUCUGGGUUGUAGCUCUUCGCGCCCCGGUUUCGGAGCGCGUGCAGCUCACGGAGACCCCCAGUUCUCGACGCGGCCUCCCAGCCCCGAUACCCUCAGCGGGUCAGGGCGUGGUACUGGUCGACAUGAACGGACGGUCGCAACAUGAGCAAGACGCGAACAACACACCGCGGCGUGGCAGUAAACGACUGGCAGCGACCAAGUGGCGGGACCCCGAGCUGGCCCCUCCACAGAAAACAGACCCGCCCCGAACUGCUGAUGAGGUGGCCCGCAUGAUGGCCCGCCUCCCUACUAAUGCUUCAACUCCGAUGGAGGCAGUCAUAAGGGCGAAUCGAGGCUUGUCAGUCUCUGAGCGAGCCAUCGUGCAGGCAUCGCCAAGCGCGACCGAUGCGUGGCGCCGUGAGGUGAUUCGGCUAUGGAAGGUGAAACGCGGGUGGCUGACUGAAAGCGGCCCGGCGCUUGGAUGGCAGGGCGAUUCGACGGCCGAGUUUGCGCCGAAGGCGCUGUCGAGUCCCUCCCCAGCUGAUUCCGGGCCUUCAGCUCGGGCUUCAAGUGCAACCGCCGCGUCGUUGUUGGAAAAUCCGUUCAACAACCAGAACAUCCCCAGCCGCACAUGCAACGCCUUCGCCGCCCAGUUGCGGAGAGGCAUCAGGCCGCCCCUUGAGCCGCGAGAGUCUGUUCGGUGCUCCCCGACUCGAAAUUGCCGAAAUAACACACCAUUGGAAACAUCAGCGAGAACUUCCAUUCUCACAAGCCCUCUGCCGUCGCUUAAGCCUCCGUGGGAACCUCAGCCAGAGUCGCCCACUCCGAGACCACGGGCGCACGUCGUUAAUGUCGAUCACAUUCUCGCGCUCGCAUCAACCAAGCCCCCUCCGCGUGCCGCUAGCCACAAUCAUGCGGCUCGUAAGCAAGAGAUAUAUCUCGAAGCGGAGAGCAUGCGCGUGCAGCGUCGAUACAACCAACCCAUGACGCUUGAAGCUUGGGUCACUUACGCGCGCAAAAUUGAGGCGGACGCCGCGGAAGACACGGUCCGUUUGAAGGCUGAGAUUCGGAGUCGAGUCACCGCAAGCCGAAGGCGGCACGAGCAGGAGUACACCAUACAUGCGACGGUCCGCGGAGCGCAUCAAUGGGCGCACGUUGCACCAUUGGCUAGCGGGCUCUCUCCCUGUGUCAAGUUCCUUCGUCUCACGAAGGAGUAUCCGAAGUGGGUCGUCGGCCACGGCGUCACCAGACUGAGCAUUAACGAUACAAAAGCUCCUUGCCACGGUUGCGCUGGCAUUGCAAAAGACAAGGAGCUGUGGGCCUGGCUUAAACUCCAACUCAAAAGUGGCCGUCUUGACCCCGACUUGGCCGCGACGACACAACAUGACGCCGUCUACCUCGGAAAGUAUCUGUCGCGACGCGCAAAGGAGAAGCACGUGUGCCCUGAGACGCCGCUCGACUGCAUGCCAGAGGAUGCGGUGACUUUGCUAGAACUCCGCAUCUUCUACGGUCUGGGCGACACACCAACGAUUCCGUGCUUGUUUUGGUCGUGCCCAGCCGCCUAUGAUGCGGCAGCCGUGAAGUUGGUCCGAAUACGGUCGCAUGUCGAUCUUCGCCACGGGCCGGUCGAUCCGUUAUUCUUGAAGUGCAUCAAUAAUCGCACCAGCACCUUGCGCAAGGAGCUUUACGCGUUGGGCGCAUUCGUAGGAUGGCUUCCUCUGGACUAUGGCAGUGAGCCAAACGACUCUGCUGCUCGACCCCACCACUCUAAGCAGUACCUCAGCAGCAAGCGCACACCGGAGCGCAAGCCAACUGGGCCAGACUGGCUUUCCUAUCGGCAGACGUAUAGCCUGUUGGGUCCCGACGCGUCAUUCUGGUAUGACCGUCUUGACCGCGGUAUCGUAAUGUUUAAUGCGUGCUACAGCCCUGGCGAUGCCCUCCACAUGACACCUCUUACCACUACGCCCCUUCGAAACAAGCACAUCGCUCGCGGUGUAGAGCAUCUGGGGGCCGUAUACAACCUCGUUUCGCUCUCUGGUCCCCGGUGGCGCACUUUUGAGGACGACCUGGCUGCUGUCAUCUUCCCUCCUGAGUUCGCUGGCACCUCGGUGCCGGUUAUAGCGGUCAGGAAGAGCGAGCCCAAUCUCGCGCAGUCUUUGAGCAAUGCGCUCUUCGAGCUCGCGGUGCGGGUUCAGGCCUGGUAGCCUCCAUUCUCCUUCGAUACCGUUACGCAGUGCUCGCUGCCCUCGGACCGGGGUAAAAGGGUUACCCGUUCCCGAGAGAGACGUUGUGCGGUAUGGUCCGUCCCUGGGGAGUACGCAUAGUAACGGGACAUCGACCAUUCAAUGCAGCUGUGCUAUCUCCGACAACGUUUUGACACAUUGGAUUCAGGAAUCUUUCGGCUUACGGCCAUCAAUACCACACCUACUGGAAGAGACCGUCGACAUCACAGCUCAUGAUUGCACUUAGGAGAAACCAAGGCGAUAUCUUCGAAUACC